AUCUGUUAUUUUCUGCUUUUGUUGUUGUUAUUUAUUAAUAGUGAUGAGUAUGGUUUCAUGUUGAAAUUACAACUUAAAGCAUAUUUGCAUCACCAAUUACCAUUUGCUAAUGACUUUUGCUUGUGGUGAUAUAGUUGGUUUACUUUUUAAUUUUAGUUAUAAAAUGUAAUAAUCAUAUACAUUAAGCACUGUACCAAUCCAAUAUGGAUGACAACAACUUUAAAGCGCAAAAACUUAUUGUUUACAAUAAACAUCUCCCAUACAGUGAUCAGUUACACGAGGAAAGUAAUCGCAACCUAGCUGAUAUAAAGUUUAACUUAUCUCGAGCUGUUAUAUUUCAAGAAUUGACACCUGGUAUUCUGGUUUGGUGUAACAGGCUUGAUACUUACCUGCGCCUAAAUGGUAGAAAUUUCUCAAAAGAAGAUCAUGUAUCUUUUAUAAAAUUACUUUACGAAUUGAUGGUGAUACCUGACUUGGAACCACAAUUUGUGAAAGGUUUUGCUACAGUCCUUAACAAACUUUUAAAAAAAAAAGAAUUAUUAGAUAGAGAUGAUUUGCAGUUACCAUGGAAACCUUUAUAUGAACUUGUCAAAUCAAUACGCUAUUCCAAACUUGCGCCUCUAGGUUUGAUGAAAUUUCCUAAUAAGUUAAAUGACUGUAUCAUCAACAUUGUUAAGUUUGCUAGACAUUACUUUCCUAUUGAAGCAACAGAAGAAAUGCUGCUUGAGUGGAGACCUUACAUGUGUCCAUUUGAUUCUGUGAAAGUAAAUGCUGCCUAUUAUUUCUCAAGAUUUUUACCAACGAAACUAUUUGGAGAAGAGCAAGUAAAAGGAUACAACCUUUGGCUUCCAGAGUUUUUCGAUUACUGGAUCAAUUGUACUCAAAACAUACCAUCCGUUGCUGAGGAAUAUACAAGAUUGUUUAUGCGACUAGCAGAGUCAAAUGUUGGUUUAAUUGACUGGAAUCCUUACAUGCCACAGAUUUUUAGUUUAUUUUUAAGCAGUUUAAAUCUACCUGUCAAUGGGUCGGUGAGAAAUGGUAGUUUAAGUCUGCGUAAUAUGGUCUCACAUGUCAACACAUCAGCAAAGUGGUUUGUUUAUAUGAUUGGUGGAGACAGUUUGGUUUUAGAUUACCUCGAGAAAUUGUUUACAACGUUGGAAUCUUUUUAUCAUCCCUCAAAUCAUGGGAAAUUUUCAGUUACUUUACUUGCCUUCCUGAAUUCAAUUAUUGAUCAGUUUGUGAGACGUUUACACAGUGAAAGACAUGCAAAAGAAAAUUGGUUUACAAAAACUCCAGAUCAUGUGAAGAUAACAGACAACGAGAUUUUCAGAUUUGCAAACAUGUUAAAGGACGUGGCGUUACUGUCUGUCUACAGUAAGUCGGGCAGCUUACAAGCAGCUGCAGUUAUGCAGAAUUUAGCAUUGUUACGGCCAGACCUUGUUCUGCCAUCUUUGCUUGAAAGGACUUUUGAAGCAUUGGAAACAUUGGUAGAACCUCAUCAAGUCACAGCAACACUGACAUGUAUAACUUCUGUGGCACGCAGUCUAGUUACAGGCGGAGAACAUUUUCCUGAAGCACCCACGCAUGUCUUGCCAUUGUUGCGCCUUGUCUUGCCUGGUUUGGAUCCAAACGAUUUUAGAAAAAGCAUGUCUUCUUUCACUUUGAUAUCUGCUAUUGUUGGUUUGGUGCCAAUGGUUGAUUGUAUGCCAGCAUUGCAUGCUGGGUUGGAAAUGACAGAGGUUGAGAAAGAGUUAUGUCAAGCAUCAGGACAAUUUGAAGACUUUAUUCUUCAAUUUGUUGAUAGGUGUUUUGUUUUGAUCGAAAACAGUAGUGCUACUGAUAUAUCUGAGCAAGACAACCUCAUGGCUGACAGCAUGAAUGUUCAAGAGGGAAUGAUUGGGAUGGGGAUGGAAUCUACCCUGCAAACUGUUUUUAUGCAAUGCUCUCCUCAAAUAUUCAAGUCCGUAUUGCAUGGUAUUUUUCAAUUUGUGUCAACCCGCGUUUUGGAAGUAAACUUUGCUGGCAAAAUGGUGUCAGACAUGUGUCGAGCUGCUUCAAAGUCAUUUCCACAGAUCACCUUAAAGAAAUUUCUUCCUUUCCUUUGCACAACAAUUACAAAUUUAGCAUCAGUGGAAGGUAUAGAAAAAGAGGAAAACAUCGAUGCAGAGUUACUUUGGUACCUGGAAGUGAUAUCUGAACUUGUCCGAUGUGAUGGGAAAGAGUUGCUUCCAUAUAAAGACUCGUUAAACAAAGUUCUCAACCUAACUUUACACUUAAAAUGCAAGAAAGCGUAUUCAAGAGCUGGAAAGUUUUUAAAAGCAAUCCUUUCAUCAUGCUCUGAGGUUUAUAGUUUGGAAUGGCACAGUCAACAAAUUGGUUUCGAAAAGGAUCCCACUCAACAUUUCUAUAUCCGUGAUUGGGGUAAACCUGGCGACAUAGAUGAUUUAAACAUGUCUUGGCAUAUUCCAAGUUUGGAAGAAUUAGAAUUUGUAAAUGAAUUAGUCAAAGAACAUUUGUAUCCUGAAUUAGAUAUAAUAAAAAGCUAUAUUAAAGGAACUGCCACUGUGACAAGAGAUGAGCUUCACCAACGUCUUCAAAUUGUUGCAGUUAUAGUAUUUGGUAGCGCAAGUACUUUCCCAAUAUGGGAAGAUAAAAAAGUAGAAGGUCUAGCACCACCUAGUUUGGUAACGAGGGAGCGUACUUAUAAUGUCACAAGUGUAGAAGCGCUCACAUCAUUUCAAUGUUGUGCCACCAGAAAGGAGAUUGUUCUUAUUAUUCACGAUUUGUUUGAAUUUAUGUCAAAAGAAAAUGAAGAUGACGCUAAAGCAUUCCGCAUUAUUUCUAAAAUUUACGAUUUCUUAUUGUUACACCAUGGUGUGAACUGGAGGGAAUUUAAUGUCCGAUGGAAAAGUUCAAUGGCAGUUAAAAAAGCCUUAGCAGAUAAGUUGCACAAAAAGAAAAGACAUGUUCGUGCUAUUCUUAUUGAACGCGUACAACUGCAACACGAAAUGAGAGUACUUGAUCGUCAUUCUGUACCAUACACUGAAACAGAUAAAAUGGUUAUCAAAGACCUGGUUUUAAUGAGCACUAGUGAUUACACUGAGGUUCGUAUCGACUCACAGAAAGUUCUUUUUGCUUGCCUGGAGAUGUUUGAUUAUUCAGCACGUUCAAUACUCCCGCUUCUUCUUGAAAACAUUAAACCUGAUCCUGAUAUUUCACAUGAAAAGUUAAAAGGGACUUUGUAUAUAUUACAAUAUCCAAGAUUGUUGUACCUGAUAACACAUUAUUGGGAAGCAAUGGUGAAGGCGUGGCCUAUGAUCGUAAAAGCUGAUCAAUCUGAAAAACCUUCAAUAGUAAAGCUAGUUAAUCAAUUGGUUCUUCGGUUGGAAUCUAAAUAUGACACCCUUGGAUUUAAACGACAGGUGACAGCAAAAUGUCGAGAGUUGUCAGAAAUGAUUUUACAAAGUAAAUACCCACUGCCUGCUUCAUCAAUGGAACCAAAAAAUGAAUCAUUAAUGCCAACUGUUGAUUUACUAACACAAGCUGAAGUCAAUUUAAAAGAAAUGAAUAAUGAAAACGAAAGGUUAUAUCAUGUACUGGUCGAGAAUUUAGCAAAUUUACUGGAAGACAAGAAUAUGCAAUGGAGAUGUGCAGAAAUUUGUAUGAAGCUAUUAUCUUUGUUACUUACCAACGAAAUCAACAUGCCAUUGAAAGCUGUCCACAUUUUUGUAAACUUCUUGGUGCAUGACUCGUUGCGCAUGAGAAAGUUUGCUGUGAAGGCAGUGGUGGCUAUACUACAUCAACAGAAACUAAAGCAACCAAAAAUCUCUGUUGACUUUUCGAAGUUUGGCUUAGAUACAAGCAGUUCAGCCAUCUUACAAUUGUGUGCAGGCGAUCGAGAAGAUAACAGAUGGCUACAAUUUCAAGUAAAUGCUGCACCAAAUUCACAAGAAGAAAUGGAUAAAUUUACAUUUGUUGACAAAACCCAUUGGGGAUUUCAGGCAUGGCCUUUAGAGUUAAAAACUUAUGAUGUGAAGCGAUUACAACAAAUGCAUAGAAGAAAAGAAGAACUUAACCCUACAGAAUUAGUUAUUUAUGAAGCGUUUUCAAAUAGCGAAUUUUUAAAAACGUUUUUUAAGUUCUUUUCACUAGAAGUUAACAAAGGACAAGACACGUUUCGCCAGAUUCAAUUUUUACUAUACAAAGCUUUAUUUCGCAAUUAUGGUAGUACGUUUUUGGAAGAAUUCAAGCUGGUCUUAGUUGAACUUUUAAGUGAUGCUGUUGAGAGCAAGCAUCGUUGUGCGUCUGAAGUUAUUGCAGGUGUUAUACGUGGUGCUAAGAACUGGAAUUAUAAAAGUUUAGAUUCUUUGUGGAGUUUUUUGUGCCCUCUACUAAAAGAUAUAUUUAGUACUAAAAUUAUACCAGAAAUGUUACGAGAUUGGACUAUAGCGUUGAUCACUUCUACGGAAAGCAGAGAUCCAAAUCGUUUCCAUCAACUCUUCACUGUUCUCAUGGAUAAUCCGAUCUGUGGUGCGGGCGGUUCAUUGGGUGACACAAGUCGGUUAAUGAUGUUACAAAACACUAUCGCUCAACAAGAAUGGCGUAUUGCUGAUUUAUAUCAUCAGUUGUUUGAAUAUCUUAAGCCGCGAUUCUCACAUCCUUACAAAAAUGUAAGAGAUCGAAUUGGAAGCGUUCUGUCGUAUGUGUUUAUGUGCGACAUCAAAUAUGGCUGCCACACCCCCACCCUUUCACCUCACAUUGGAACUUUUGUUGAUUUCGUGAUUGAAGAUUUAACCGUGCUCAGUACUGACGUUCUUGAAGCAGCAGUGCACAGUCCACUAGCAUCCAGUGAACUUCAAAAUGGUAGCCAAGCUGUGGAAGUUAAAGAAGUUCAGAAUGGUGACAAGAUGGAAACUGAUAGUGAGGAUGAAAACAAGAGGAGAGACAGAGUUGCUAAAACAGUUUUGUCUUUCCUUAUUAACAACUCAUUCACGAUGCAACCAAUAAACAAAGAUAUUUACAGAUUAAUACCUGUGCUCAUCCCACUUGAAGCACGUGAAGAUGAUCCAGAUAUCAGUGAAAACUGCAAAAAAGCUUUUCGACUACUCGCCUCUAAACCGGUGCCGAGAGAUAUGGUCAGUAUUGCAGUGUCAUCAAUUAUUAAGGGGUGUGACUGUAAAUCGUGGAACGCGAGAAGGACAGCUCUAAACUUUUUGCAGGUCAUGAUUUUUCAUAAUUUCUUCGUCUUGGAUACUGAUGAAAUCAGAAAAGAAGUUGAAGGAGUUAUCACACGGAGAUUAUUAGACGAACAGUUGGAGGUUCGUGAAGUAGCAUCAACUUUAUUGAGUGGAUUAAUUCAUUUUGGCUACAUCAAAGUGAAAGAUGAACUUCUGAAAUCCUUUUCAAAAAUGGCGAAAACAAAGAUUAAAAAAGCUCGACAUGGUAUUGAACUUACAGUGGAAGAUUUACAGAAAAAUACCGCUGCUCUGCAUGUCAAACAUGGCGGGUUGCUAGGGUUAUCUGCGUGUGUACUUGCCUUUCCAUACGAUGUUCCGUUGUGGAUGCCUGAAGUUUUGUUAGAUGUCGGAAACUACCUGCACGACGCCCCGCAAAUCCAGGCAACUGUUAAAAAGACGUUAUCAGAGUUCAGACGAACCCAUCAUGAUAACUGGCAGAUGCAUCGACAAAAAUUCACCGACGACCAGUUAUCGGUACUCACUGAUUUGUUAAUCUCGCCGAGUUAUUACGCUUAACAAAGUCGAGUGUUAACUAGUCUCCCGAUAGAGUAUGAUGACGUCAAUUUCGUUAGGAUGGUGACAUAAAUAAUGACGCCCUUCUUAUUGGGAGAUGUAACUUAGUUUAUUAUACUUCUAAAUUUAAUAGGAUAUUUCAUAAAAAGUAUAUACAUAACAGGGUGACCACACCUUGAAAUUAUUCUCCUAAAAAUCUUUAAAAUUUAGCCUACGUCUCUUUCCCUUUUAAUUUUUUGCAAAGAAGUUUUUCGAUUUACUUUAAAUAUUAUAUUAUUUUCUUAUAUAUAUAGUUUCUUUUCUAAAUAGUCUUCAAAACAAUAUACAGUUGACUCCCGGUAGCACUGAUAACGCGAACUUUCAUUACGUCGAACCAUCAUCUUAAGUGCAUUGAACUUUUCUUAAUACGUUCUUAUAAAAUACUUAGGAUAAAUCGAACAACGUUAAUUAACUUUUCCCAUUUCUUAUACCCCUGAGGCUAAUAACUCGAACUUCUUGCUCCAGAAAAUGGAAUCAAAGGCUAGAAUGUCAGGUUUGAAAUUUAUUUAGUUUUUAUAACUCUUGACGUAAUUACAAAUGUUGCCUGCACAGCAAAAUUUAAUUUACAAGAAGGAAGUAUACCACCUCUAUUGCAUAGGUUGCACCUUUUCCCAGUAACUGUUGCUCCACCUCUUCAAAAAAUCGAUUUAACUCGAACUAUUUUCCUCAGUCUAUUGGGGUGUCGAGUUACCAGGAGUUUAAUGUAUACCAUUACACAACAAAAAUUACCGUUACACAACAAAAAUUGAUUUUGUUUUUUUGAAAAUCUAACUCCAGCUCUCCUUAAAUGCUACUGUUUCUUAAAAUUAAAAGUUGUUGUUAAUAUGCAAAACUCAAGCAGCAUUUCAAAAUGGCAGAAGUUUUUAUUGUAGCUCAUCAGUAAGGUUUCUUAAUAUAUGCAGUGUUAUUAUUUUCAAUAUUUUUACACUUGUCACAAAAAUUUAGCGAGGUAUAGUUAUGUUUUAGUUCUUCUAUAUUCAUAUAGCUUUUUUAAGUAAAAAUGGAAUUAAUCAUUAAUAAUCAAGUCAUUCAUAAGGAGGUGUUCACAUGCGUUUGGUCAGACAGUUAGCCUGGCUUAGUUUGCCAGCCUGGAAUCCACACGACGUUUUGCAACCCAGGCUAGAAAUUAGGUACAUGAAAAGUGUGUAUUUUUCAAUUAAGUUUUUUACAUAUAUUUGCUAAUCCUAAUACGUAAAUUAUUAUUUUCCACCAAAAGAUAAAAUUUGUUGAUAAAAGUUUAUUUUUAAUAUCUUUGUUAUCAAUUGUGUUUUAAUCAUGCACAAAUAUGUUUCGUAUGGAAAAAAUUUAGCCCGCCUUGCCGGGAUCUCGGUUGACAAAAAGCGAGAUCCCGGUUAGCCAAGCGUGGUCGCUUCCAAUAUGAUAGGUUGUUGAUUUAUAUGAGAAUUGGUUAAGAGAGCCGAGAUCACGAGCGAGCAAACCGAACCAUUCCGGCUAACCGGGCUCAUAUGAACACCGCCUAAAUGUAGUUAUCGCAUGCCCUUGUGUUGACAUUUAUCCAAAAACAGAAGGUUUUGUUUGCAAGAACUGCUCUUUAAAUGACUACAUGAUAUGUGAUGAGUUUAUUUUAGUAUUUUUAAUGUUUUUUUUGCUUUUUAUUUUAAUAGCACUAUAUCGAAUUGUUGGA